UCCGCGACCCGGCCCCGGCGCCUGAGAGGAGCCCUGGGUGGGGGCGGGCGUAGGGGGGCCAGAGGCAGGAGGGGCGCUCGGCCCCGCACAGUGCAGCAGACGGGGCUGGUCCCGAGGCGUCUGCGGCCCCGGGGAAUGGGCGGGUCGAGGGUGUCCAGGGAGUAGGGUCGGGUCGGAGUGCAUUGACCACCGGGCCCGGAGGGUCCGAGCCGGGAGCGGAGCCUGCACCCUCCACCACCCGCCCUUCGGGAAAUUUCAGAACUGAGCCAAGAGGCAGGUGCACCGGGAAAAUGUGUCUGAGUCCUGCUUGGCAGAAGAGAAACUGAGUCACCAGCUCAGGAGCCGCAGGGUCAGCGGGCCUGAAGGGGGCUGGGUCUGCUUGUGGUGCAGAGGUUUGGGUGGGCCCUGUGUGAGCUGAGGUGGCCUCUGCCUGGAGAUUGGUCUCCCUGCUGUGUCUGCACCUCUUGGCUCGGUUCCCCUGUGCUCCAUGACUCUUGCAUCUCUUGGCUGCUUCUCGUUGGUUUGGAAUUGUCCCUGCGGCUGGAGCCAUCUGAAUGUGUAGGGUCUAGGCCAAGGAGGCAGGGGAGGGGUUGCUGAUUGUGGGAUUGUGGGUCUGAGCAGAAGGCUGAGGUUUGGGGAGACUUUCCUGAGCUCCUGAGCUGCCCUCCCCCAUCCCUCCCUGUCCUGGUGCCAGUCAUCUUCCAGUAUAAUAUGGGGGAGGAACACUAACAAAAGAGCCAUGGGUUGUAAAUGCCAUGCCCAGCUCUGCCACUUGCUAGUUGUAAGAUCUUGGGAGGCCUCUUCCUUUCUCGUUGCUCUUUUAGAAAAAUUGGAACCUAUAAAGUUAGUAAUAAUGGCGGUCGUUUAUUGUGUGCUUACUUUGUAUCGAACCCUGACUUGUUCCAUUUAAUUCUCCCGAUGAUUCUGUGGGUUAGAGAGCAUUAGCUCUUUUAUAGCUACAAAUCUGCACUUCAGAGAGGAUAUAUAAUCUCUUCCAGAUCACCCGGCUAAUAGGUGGCAGAGCUGGGAUUUCAUCCCAGGUCUAACUCCAGAUCCGAUAGCCUUAACCACCAGGCUAACCAGCCUUUAGGGCACACUCCCUAGUGAAAGAAGAGGAAGUGAAAAAGCCUAGGGCCCCAGCUCCCUGUUAUGUUUUAUUUACUUUGUGGCCAGCAGAGACUUGCUCUGACCCAACCCACAGUCUUUCCCUGCCUGGUGCUGCUGCUUCUGGGCCCCAGGGUGAAGGGGCACCAAAGAAGCGGGCUGUGGCCAUUCUAAGCCUCCGUCACACUGUGCCAGGGAACUGGGCCCCGGGGUCUGCUUUCAGGACAGGUGUGGUUUCGAUCCAUCAUUCAUCUGUCCUCCUUCCUGAGCAGCCACCCUCCUCAGAGCUGGAUCUCAGGACAUAUGAGGCAGGGUCUGUAAGCGCUGCAGACCUACCUCCCCUGAGAGCUGGGGCAGUGAGGGGCUGUGCAUGAGGCUGGGGCAGCCAGUCCCUGGGGAUGAGGACUAUGCAGUAGGCAAAACUGUAGACUGGGGGUUCUGAAACUGUUCUGAGCUUCGGUUUUCUCAUCUGUUGUCAAGGUUAUUAAAGCCUGUUACAGGGAAAGGUAAGAACAGCACCUGGGAAGCAUGUGAUAAAUCUUGAAGGACCUGUUUUAGAGAAGGGAGGUGGCGUGAGGGAUAGAUUCCUUUUUAGAGGAAGGUGCUCCACAGCUGUCUGUCACUCCCAGAACCAGAGCCAGGGGGAGUGGGUUGGGAUGGCAGCAGAGUAGGUGCGGGCUGGACCCCGGGGAGCCAGCCAACUGGGGGUGUGUGGGGUGUGAGGAUCGGGAGAGGGAAGGGGGGCAGUGUGUGGUGUUCCCCAUGGCUCUCCAAGGAGUCCAGACCAGAGUAGGGAGUCUGGCUGGGGGUGGGGCUCAGCCCCCAGUCCCACCUCAGCAGUGACUCUGUAUGUGCCUCUCUUCCUUCUGCAGCUGCUGCCGCUCACCCCGUGUCUUCUGGCCGCUUCCCUCUUUGCUGCCCCUCCCCACAGGCUCUCCCUCUCCACCUCCUGGGGACCAUCAUGAAUGGUGCCCCUUCCCCAGAGGACGGGGCCUCCCCCUCUCCUCCCCCUUUGCCACCACCCCCUCCUCCUAGUUGGCGGGAGUUCUGCGAGUCCCAUGCCCGGGCUGCUGCCCUGGAUUUUGCCCGCCGUUUCCGCCUCUACCUGGCCUCCCACCCCCAGUAUGCAGGGCCUGGGGCUGAGGCUGCCUUCUCCCGCCGUUUUGCUGAGCUCUUCCUGCAGCACUUUGAAGCUGAGGUGGCCCGGGCCUCCGGCUCCCUCUCGCCACCCAUCCUGGCUCCCCUGAGUCCCGGUGUGGAGAUUCCGCCACAUGACCUGUCCCUUGAGAGCUGUAGGGUGGGCGGGCCCCUGGCUGUGCUGGGCCCUUCUCGAUCAUCUGAGGACCUGGCCGGCCCCCUCCCUUCCUCAGUCUCUUCCUCUUCUACGACCUCCUCGAAGCCGAAGCUAAAGAAGCGCUUCUCCCUCCGCUCAGUGGGUCGCUCAGUCCGCGGUUCAGUCCGUGGCAUCCUACAGUGGCGGGGGACUGUUGACCCCCCGUCCCCUGCUGGGCCCCUCGAGACCUCAUCAGGCCCCCCAGUCCUGGGUGGAAACAGCAACUCCAACUCCUCUGGUGGGGCUGGGACCAUUGGCAGGGGACUGGUUAGUGACGGAACAUCCCCUGGAGACAGAUGGACUCACCGAUUUGAGAGGCUGAGACUCAGUCGGGGAGGGGGCGCCUUGAAGGACGGAGCGGGGAUGGUGCAGAGGGAAGAGCUGCUGAGUUUCAUGGGGGCCGAAGAGGCAGCCCCUGACCCAGCAGGAAUGGGCCGGGGAGGAGGGGCAGCCGGGCCUACCUCAGGGGGAGGAGGGCAGCCUCAGUGGCAGAAGUGUCGCUUACUGCUCCGAAGUGAAGGAGAAGGAGGAGGAGGAAGUCGUCUGGAGUUCUUUGUACCGCCUAAGGCGUCUCGGCCUCGACUCAGCAUUCCCUGCUCUACCAUCACGGACGUGCGGACAACAACAGCCCUGGAGAUGCCUGACCGGGAGAAUACGUUUGUGGUUAAGGUGGAAGGCCCCUCCGAGUACAUCCUGGAGACAACCGAUGCUCUACAUGUGAAGGCCUGGGUGUCUGACAUCCAAGAAUGCCUGAGCCCAGGACCCUGCCCUUCCACCAGUCCCCGCCCUAUGACCCUCCCCCUGGCCCCUGGGACCUCAUUCCUUACACGGGAGAACACAGACAGCCUGGAGCUGCCCUGUCUCAAUCACUCAGAGAGUCUGCCUAGCCAGGAUCUGCUGCUGGGACCCAGUGAGAGCAAUGAUCGCCUGUCGCAGGGAUCAUUCCUGUUCCAGGGGGAGUCAGAGGGAGGUGAAGGGGACCAGCCCCUCUCAGGGUACCCUUGGUUCCACGGGAUGCUCUCUCGACUCAAGGCUGCGCAGCUGGUGCUGGCCGGAGGCACUGGCUCCCAUGGUGUUUUCCUGGUACGGCAGAGUGAGACGAGGCGGGGCGAGUACGUCCUCACUUUCAACUUCCAGGGCAAGGCCAAGCACCUGCGCCUGUCGCUGAAUGAGGAGGGUCAGUGCCGGGUCCAGCACUUGUGGUUCCAGUCCAUUUUCGAUAUGCUCGAGCAUUUCCGGGUGCACCCCAUCCCUCUGGAGUCUGGAGGCUCCAGUGACGUUGUUCUUGUCAGCUAUGUCGUGUCCUCCCAGCGACAGCAGGAACCGAACACCUCCCAUGACCCACCCCAGCCCCCUGAACCCCCUUCAUGGACAGAUCCCCCACAUCCUGGGGCAGAAGAGGCGUCGGGGGCGCCAGAAGUGGCGGCAGCAGCAGCCGCAGCAGCCAAAGAGAGGCAAGAGAAAGAGAAAGCGGGCAGUGGAGGGGUCCAGGAAGAGCUGGUCCCCGUGGUUGAGCUGGUCCCCGUGGUUGAAUUGGAAGAGGCCGUAGCACCAGGCCAGGAGGACCAGGGAGGCGCUGGAUCCGGUGGGGCCCCAGGAGCCACCCCGAUGGUGCAGCUCCAGCAGUUACCACUAGGGGGCGAUGGAGAAGAAGGGGGCCAUCCCAGAGCCAUUAAUAAUCAGUACUCCUUCGUGUGAGACACCCUACCCCACCCUUUCUCCACUCUUCUUGCUCCCCAGCCCCUAGUGCGUGAAAUUGGGGCUGGGCCGGUCGUAGAGGAGCGGUAGGAAUCCCCUCCCCCAUGUGCUUCCUGACCCUUGAUGGCCAAGGGAAUAUACGUUGGUACAAGAGGUUCAAGAGCCCUGUUAACUCCCCAGUUCAUACACUACAGGUGCCCCAUCCCCUGGGCAGGGGAUUUGGGCUCCAUUACCUCCCCGAGGGGCUCUUAUGGUCAGCCCCACCCCUGGGGGCCAUUUCCCCGCUAACCACCCCCUAGCCCGAGGAAGGGUGAGGGGGAAGGGCUGUCAGUUAUAUUAAGGUGGUUGUUGUUGUUGUUUUAAACAAAAUGGAGAAGCAUAAAUAAAUAAAAGGGUUUAUCUCAGUUGCAUCGCGA